UCGCGCGGCUCGCGCCCCAAGGGCGACGACGCCGACGGCGGCGGCAAGGGCAGCGGCGGCAAGGGCGAGCGCGGGCGGGGCAAGGGCGACGGCGAGCGCAGCCGCGGCGGCCGCGGCGGCCGCGGCCGCGACGGGGAGGACCGCGAGCGCCCCCCUCGUCCGCCCAGGGGCGAUAAGCCGACGGAGAACGGCAGCCCGGCCCCCACGGCGCCGCCCCCCUCGGCCGCCUCCAAGCCCUCCAACCCGUCGCCCGCGCCGGCCGUGCUGAGACCGGCGCCGGUUGCCGACAACAAGUGGGGCCAGCAGAAGAAUUGGGUGCAGGUGUUUGAGCCGUCCCCGUCGCCCGCACCGCCCGCCAAGGCGGAGGCCGUCGCGCCCGAGGAGGGCUCGAGCUCCACGCCCGGCAUGCGCGAGCGCGGCGGCAAGGGCCGCGGUGGCAAGGCUGAGCGCAAGGGCAAGGGGGAGGGUGGCGAGGACGGAUCGCGCGGGAGGGGCCGCGGGCGCAAGGGCUCGGCGACGCCGCCUCCCACCGGCGACGCCGCCGCCCAGCCGGACAGCAACGGCGGCUCCUCGGUCCCAAAGGUUGACAGCGGCUCUGACCUCACCGCCGACCUCCAGUCGGUGAUGGCGCCGGACGCGUCGCUCUCGACGGUGUCGAGCCUGCCCCUGCCCAAGGCGGACUCCGCCGACGGCCCGCUCCCGCUGAUGACUUCGCUCCCCACGCCGGCCGACGGCCUGCUGGGGCCCAUGCCGGCCGGGCUCUCUGCGGCGCCCGCGGCGGGCGCGAGCACCGCCAUGCCAUUGAUGGACCCUGCGAUCCUGGGCAUGUCGGGCGCGCCCACCCCGGUCGGCGCGCUGCCCGGCGCGACGGUGGCGGACACGACGGUCACCGCGGGCGUCAUCAUGCCCACGCAGCUGCCCGGCAACUCCUCCAAGCUGCAGUUUGGCUUUGGGGACACGAGCGCGUGCGGCAGUAACGGCGGUGUCGCUGCGGCCGCGCCCGCGGGCGCUCCGGGCGGGUUGCAAAAGAUGCCCGACUUUGGCCUGGGCCAGCUGUCUUCCGAGCUCUUUGACUCGAACGUCAGCCCGCUCGGCGCGGCACCGGGAUCGUUGCCCCUGCCCGCCUCGCUCAAGACGGCCCUCCCAUCGGCGGGCGCCACGGCACUCCCAGGCUUUGACGGAUCUGCGCCCGAGGCGGCCUCGUCGAUCGGCACGAGCCCGGCCGACAAGAUGCUCGCCACGGGGCUGGAGAAGCUCAACUUGGAGGCGGUGGCGGGCGGCGCGGCCGACGACAAUCCCGCCCUCGGCUCGCUCCCUCCCGCCCUCUCUGGCAUCAUGCCUCUAGCGCCCGCCGCGGCGGGCAAGGGCGCGCGCGGCCCCCCCGGCGUCGGCCGCCCGCCGGCGGGCAGCGUCGUGCCCCUGGCGGGGGCCGCGCCGCUGGGGCCAACCUACCUCCCGCCCACCGGCUCCUACUCGGAGCCCUCCAGCGUGGGGACGCCGCCGCCGCUCGAUGAGCCGCGCGGAGGCGGCGGCGGCGGCGCGGCGGGCGGCGCGGCGCCGCCGUCCAGCGGCGCGAUGCCGCCCGGAAACAUUGCGAUGGGCAUGCCGGGUGCGGUGCACGGCUACGAGGUGCACGCCGGCGCGGCGGCGCCGCCCGCCGGGAUGGCCGGCCGCCAGCCGGGCGCCGACAAGGACGGCGACCGGAGAAGCAAGCAGAAAAAGGGCAAAGGAGCGCGGGGCGACCGGAGCGGCGACCGCAACCCGGGCGGCGGCGGGCCGGGCGGCGGGAUGCCGCCGGCGAUGCACGGCGGUGGAGAGAUGGGCAUGGUCCCCCCCGGCAUGGGCAUCGCCGUCGGCAACGGGUCGAUGGGCGCCGGGCUGGGCGGUUCGCAGCCGUCGCGGGCGGGCGGCCCGCCGGGUAUGAUGCAGCCCGCGUAUGGCGGGCAGCAGCCGUACGCCUACAGCAUGGUUGCGCCGGUGAUGGCCUCGCCGCACUACGCGGGCUACGGCGGCAUGCCCCACGGUUUUGGCGGCGGCAUGUACCAAGUUGCGCCGGGCAUGCCGCCCGGAAACAUCAACAUGUACGCCCCGUCGCACAGCAACUAUGUGGCGCAGCAGCAGCAGUACGUGCAGCAGCAGCAGUACUUGUCGCAGCAGUCCGGCUCAGGCCCCGCCGGCGGAUACGUUCAGCCCUACCCCGCGCAGCAGCAGAUGGCCGCCAUGUCUGGCGGCGGCAUGGCGCCCGGCUUCAGCUCGGGCACCAACUUUGGCGGCUAUGAAGACGCGCCCUCCGACUACAACGCCCCGCCGGGACAUGGGUACUACGGGCACCGCCACCCUUGAGCCGGGGCAAGCGAGGUGGCGCCUCGCGCCAUCUCCCAAGACCUCCUCGGCGGCGCGGGCGCGUUCGAGCCGCGCGACGCUCGGCCCCCUGCGGCGGCCAGCGCACCCCGUGCACCAAUCCAGCAAGUUCACUGUCCUGUUCUGUCUGUCAUGUGAGGUCGCGGUUCGUCAUCAGCCGCCUUGAUUGUUGGGCGGGAUUUUCCUCAUUUUCUACCAAAACUGUAUGAAAAAA